GCCUCGCCGCUCGCGCUGGCGUCAGGGCAGAAUUUGAAACCGCGGAGCCGGUGGACGGAGAGGCGAAUCUACGCAUCGAAACCGAUUUACCUCAGCAUGGACUAGUUAGCCGGACGAGCGCGCUUACUCCACGUUCAGCGUCUUUCAGAGUUUGUUAGGUAGUUUGUCCGCUGUUGUUCCUGAGAGAAUAGGAAGACGGUGUCCGUUCUAAACUUUAGUGGAGUGAUUUUGUCCUGCGUGAAAUACAGCGCUGUCUGUCGGUCGGUCGCUGUGCAGUUUUAACAAAAUGAGGCGAAUCUCUUUUUUCGUUAGCCUAAAUGAAGGACAUAGUUUAGUUUCGGAGUUGGAGUUUUGUUAGCGGUAUCUUUCAAAGCUAAAUGAGCUAAUCUGCGCUAGCUGGACGCUCUUAGCAUCGGUUAUCUUGUUCAAACUCGACUGAACUCAUUCAGCUGAAGCAAAUUCAUUUAUUGUCAACUCUUUCUGAAUAACCGCGAACUAAACGCUCUUUUCUCCGUUGGCUGCGUGAACACCGCGAAGAGGCCGUUGGCACUGGGUGUUUUUUUUUCUUUCCUGGUUGUGAGUCUGAUCAUGAGCAGAGUGCUGGUUAAGUGAUAAUAAGCGGUCUGCAGAUUGACUGGACACUAGCUGGAGGUGAUGGCCCGGAGGAGGCUGGACAGUCGCAGUGGGUCCUCGGCUCUGCUGUCAGAGAUCCACACUCACAUCCACACGGAUCCCCUGGACGCCGUGUUUGACAUGAGCAACGAACUGGGCAGGGGGAAGUUUGCAGUGGUGAAGAGAUGUGCUGAAAAGGCCACAGGGAAAGUCUUCGCUGCAAAGUUCAUCAAGAAGCGGCGGCGAGGUCGCGACUGCAGGGCAGAGGUCAUUCAUGAGAUCGCCGUUUUAGAGGCGGCGAAGAACAACCCUCGUGUGGUGAACCUGCACUCUGUAUACGAGACCGAUCAUGACCUCGUUCUAAUGCUGGAAUAUGCGGCGGGUGGUGAGAUAUUUGACCACUGUGUGUCUGAGGAGCUGCUGCCAGAAAGUCAGAUCACCCGUCUGAUCCGACAGAUGCUUGAGGGUAUUCACCUACUGCACCAGAGCAGCGUGGUCCACCUGGACUUGAAGCCCCAGAAUAUUCUCCUGACGUGUCUGAGCCCAAUGGGGGAUAUAAAGAUAGUGGAUUUUGGCUUGGCCCGCAGGUUGGGCUCUUCUGGGGAGCUCAGAGAGAUUCUGGGAACCCCCGAGUACGUAGCCCCUGAGAUCUUGAACUAUGAACCAAUCACCACAGCAACAGACCUCUGGAGUGUGGGAGUGAUUGCCUAUAUGCUGGUGACAGGAGAGUCUCCCUUCGCUGGCGAGGAUAAACAGGAGACCUUUCUAAAUGUAUCCCAGGUGAACGUGGACUACAGCAGAGAGGCUUUCUCAAGGGUGUCUGAACUGGCUGUCGACUUCAUCCGGAAACUGCUGGUCAAAGCACCAGAGGACCGUCCCAGUGCGGCCGAUUGCAUGACCCAUCCCUGGCUGUGGCUUCAUUGUACAGGUUCUGAUCCGAUCCCCGUGACCCCACGCACUCCCCGGGAAAGGAGUUUCGGCGGGAAGUGGUCCGCGCCACCCGAGGAUCCCGAGGACAAAGAAAACAUUCUGGACUCGCCGCACUCCAAGAGGUUUCGUUUUGAGGAGGACAUGUCAGCCGCAGGCGACGGUGACCACUUGUGCUGAUCCAAAACGGAAACGCACUUGCACUGAAUAGCAUUUUUGGCCCUUUUUGUUGGCCCCCACACAGCACCAGCAAACAUGCUUCUCCUCUAAUGCUGUUUUCAACAUCCUUUGGCCAACCAAAGAUGAUUUUUUUUUUCACAAAAGGGCUCAGUCUAGUGUAAUGUUAAUAUUAUUAUUAUUAUAAUAGUAAGAAUCUAAAUAUCUAUGUUGCUGUCCUGUCUCAAGAUGCCUUUUCCUGCCGCCUUUUGGAUUUUUAAGUUAUUAAUUUGAACAUUUUAAUUGCCAUUCAGUAUCAGUUUAAUUUUCUGCUGAUCUUAGCCCAUGUUAAUCUCACCACUAUUUCCAUUACUGCACUUAAGGGAUUUCCAACAAUAAGGGAAAGACGCUCGAGAGCGGCAGGGCAUUCAGUGUUUUUUUUAAAACUGCUUUAAUGAAGGAUGAGUGUUUGAGCACACUAAAGAGUCUUCGCUUUUUGUGUCUCAACAUCAGAAAGAGUUUGUAAGAUUAGACUCUGUUAAUUCAAAAACACCUGAUGAGAUGCUCUGUUAUAAAGAUUCAGUGCAGGAAUGCUCUCGUGUAUGGGUGUUGGUUUUGUCUCGCUCCUCUUCUUUCUUGUGGCAUUGACACAUUAGUGGGCUCCAUAAAAUGUGACUCAACUCAAACACGCACAACACACCCUGGAUUACACAAAUAUGUGUUUGUAUUGGUCACAGAACUUCCUCCUAGAUAAUGACUAAAGAAAUGCAGGAAAGCACUUAAACCCUCUAUUAUAUGUGUUUGUGUCACUAAAAUAAGAGAAAAUAGUUUUUAACAGCUUUAGAUUUAGUAAAUCAACUGCAUCUAUUUUAAAAUGAUUUUCGUUUUAAAUAUUUCCUUUUCAUUGCCAACCUAUUGUAUAAUAAACUAUUAUUAAGCAACAUUCUAGCAUUUCCCCCAUGGCAGGCGCCUAAUAUCUCAAUGCCUGAGAUGGUCUAUACAUAAUCUUCAAAUGACAGUUUUUAUCUAUGCACCAAUCUGAGGUAACUCAGGGUUUUUGUUACCUUUUUUGUACAGGUGUUUUUAAGCUAAUGCUAUUAACUGAUGGAUGUUUCAGUCUUUGUUCAUUCCGAGCCUUGUUCUCAGGGUUAGCUGUAACUGCACAGUUUACCGGUGUAUAUUUCUCGAGUGCCUUUGGGUGCAUUUUUUUUUUUCUAUGCUUGAGCCGAACGACCUGACUGGAUCUUCUGUUAAACACAUUCAUUGCAGCACAUUUAUAUGGAUGUAUUGUUGUUAAUGUUUAUUCUGUCUUCAGAUAUGGUACACCCUUUAAACUGAUGACCUGUUGUGUUUUAAGAAAUUAUUUCUACGUGCUUCUGGUCAUGGAGAUAUAAACGUAUUCGGUGGGAUUUAGAAAGGAAAACAGUGUUUAAGUAAUAUUUAUGGUCUUGGAUUAUGUAGGGCAUGAAAAGAUGGGUUUUCAAAGCUGAUAUUGUCGAAAUUAUAUUGUUAUGUUCAGAUAGUGAAGUAUGUUUGGUUGUGAUGAAAGUACAGGUUGCGAAUUCUGAAAUGAAGGCAAAUGAAUGUUAGAAUAUUUUGGUGGAAAGUGUAGUAAUGCUACAAAUACAAGUAGAUCAGUUUCAGAUUUAUUGGUGUUAUGUUUUGUUGAGUGGCUGCUAGAACUGGAAAUGUUAGUAUUGCAGAAUUCAGUCUUAAGGUCGAGCCCUUUGGUUAUUGUUCUCUGUGUGUAGAGGUGUGAAAAGCUCAUGUGUGUUUGCGUGCUCAGGGCCUUACGGUUUCCCAGAGAUGUCACCAGUCUGCAAUCAUAAUAGGGCUAUUGUCUCCUAAGACGAGAGGCUCUUGUCACGGUCGUGUGCUCACUGUAUGCGGUCAUCUUAAAGGAAAACUUGAAUCUAUUCCUUGCCUGGGAAACAGCCUCAAUCAUGUUUAAGGGCCAUGAGGUAUUUAAAGCUGGAAUUCAAAAGAGAAUAGACCAGGCUUUGGAGAGCAUUUCUGAACAGUCACUGUGGUAUUGCAGAAAGCUUGUGACUAACUUUGUAAGGACACUUAAGGGUUAUUAUACUUGAUUCUCAUACUAUCUUAGGCAGGUUUAGUGAAAAUUGAUAACAGAAGAUGCUUAAUUCAAUGAUGAAAACUGUAUUUUGAGUUUUAUAUGUACCAGAAUAAAUGUUGCUCAAAGGAUUUACAAAAAUUCUAAUAAAGCCAUUGACAGUCUGGAGAAUGUACCCUAAAUAUAGAUUUUGUAUGUUUGUUAAUUCUCCUAACAUUUUCAGUUUUGUUUUUAAAAUAAGAAAAUCCCUCAUGCAGCGCCAUUGAUUUAUUUGAAAUUUCCUAGCUCUGACAUGUCAGACUUGAAUAAAUUCUUAUAUUUCUGAAA